UUUCUUCUUGAAGCCUAGGGUUUUGGUGCGCAGCUCUUCCAUCUUCAACUUCCGAAACACUCGCCGAAGUCGAAGAACCCGUUCUUUCUGCAAACAUGGGGAAGACUCGCGGUAUGGGAGCGGGACGCAAGCUGAAGUCCCACCGUAGAAGGCAAAGGUGGGCUGACAAAGCCUAUAAGAAGUCUCACCUUGGCAAUGAAUGGAAGAAGCCAUUUGCCGGGUCUUCUCAUGCGAAAGGCAUUGUUUUGGAAAAGAUAGGUAUUGAAGCUAAGCAGCCUAACUCUGCCAUUAGAAAAUGUGCCAGAGUCCAACUCAUCAAAAAUGGAAAGAAGAUUGCUGCCUUUGUACCCAAUGAUGGUUGCCUCAAUUACAUCGAGGAAAAUGACGAAGUGUUGAUUGCUGGAUUCGGUCGUAAAGGACAUGCCGUCGGAGAUAUUCCCGGUGUUCGAUUCAAGGUCGUGAAGGUCUCUGGUGUUUCUCUACUCGCCCUUUUCAAGGAGAAGAAGGAGAAGCCAAGGUCUUAAAUUUGUUUGGCAGAGCUUGUUUGUUAUCUUCUUACAGUUUUCUAUGGAUAAUUUUAGAGUAUUUUCAGAUAUUGAUUAUUGGAUGUUUUGGACUAUGAUGUAGUUAUUGCUCUCCUUUUGCACUCUUUUUGGCAUUUUUGAAUUACAACCGUUUGAUCUUACUA